GUGCACAUCGAUAGCAAUGGAGAUGCUGAGGGUAACUAUACAGUCAUAACUUUGCAGCAUGAUAUGAACAGUGUAAAUGCUGCCAAUUCUUUGGCAAAAAUGUCUAUGCAACCAGUAGGUUAUUUCGUGUACAAUAAACAAUCUACCAUACCGGAAUUUCGUUAUAUUAAAACUGAUCGCCCCAUUCAGUGGCUUAAGGGUCGACCACCCUUGGCAGAACCAUUGUGUGGUUUUAAUGGUGAACUUUGUCGUAUGAAAAAAUUGGAUUGGCGCUAUAUAACAUCUGGCUCGUUUUUUGGUUUAUUCCUAAUAAUAGCUGGCAUUUUUCUUAUUAAGCAUUAUCGUUAUGAACAAACAUUAGCUGGUCUCUUGUGGAAAAUUGACAUGAAAGAUGUGACCAUUAUAAAUGUGGACAAUAAUUGUGAAUAUAAUAAUUUAAAAAAUAAAAAUAUUUAUCAAAUAUGCCGUCAAAGUAUAUUAACCGGAGGCGAUACAAAUAAAAAGGCUUUUACAAAUAUAGGUUUAUAUCGUGGCAAUAUAGUGGCCAUGAAAAAAGUUUAUAAAAAGACUGUUGAUAUAACCCGUUCCAUACGCAAGGAGUUGAAACAAAUGAGAGAGAUACGCCACGAAAAUAUUAUCAAUUUCAUAGGUGUCUCCAUAGAUCAUGGCUCUGUUGUCAUUUUCACCACCUACUGUGCCCGUGGCAGUCUGGAGGAUGUUUUAGCGAAUGAUGAUUUACAUUUGGAUCAUAUGUUUGUGUCCUCACUAGUCAGCGAUAUUCUAAAGGGCAUGAUAUAUUUACAUGAUUCUGAGAUUAUUUCACAUGGAAAUUUGAGAUCCAGUAAUUGUUUAAUCGAUUCCAGAUGGGUGUGUCAAAUAGCAGAUUUUGGUCUGCAUGAAUUUAAGGCAGGACAAGAAGAGCCGCAGAAACGAGAAAUGGAAUUGAAACGUGCUUUAUGGAAAGCGCCAGAGAUUUUAAGGGAUCCAUCGCCACCGUUGCGUGGCAGCCAAAAAGGCGAUGUAUACUCUUUUGGUAUAGUAUUGUAUGAAAUAAUUGGUCGCAAGGGACCCUGGGGUGAGACAACAUAUACGCAUGAUGAAAUAAUAACAUUUGUUAAGCAACCGGAAUUAUUACAUCAUGGUGUCUUCCGUCCAUCACUGUCACAACUCGAUAUUCAGGACUAUGUACGCCAGUGUUUGAGAUCAUGCUGGGAAGAAGAUCCAGAAUUGCGUCCUGAUAUACGAUUAGUACGCAUGAAGUUAAAAGAACUGCAGGCUGGAUUGAAACCGAAUAUUUUUGACAACAUGCUUUCAAUUAUGGAAAAAUAUGCAUAUAAUUUAGAGGGAUUAGUACAAGAACGUACCACACAACUUUAUGAGGAAAAAAAGAAAACUGACAUGCUGUUAAACCAAAUGUUGCCAAGAUCUGUUGCAGAAUCUUUAAAACGUGGCGAACCUGUUGAGGCUGAAUGCUUUGACUGUGUGACAAUAUUGUUUAGUGACAUUGUAGGUUUUACGGAAUUGUGCAGCACCAGUACUCCAUUUGAAGUGAUUGAAAUGUUAAAUGAUUUGUAUACUUGUUGUGAUUCAAUAAUUAACAACUAUGACGUUUAUAAGGUUGAAACAAUUGGUGAUGCGUAUAUGGUCGUUUCUGGUUUACCAUUGAGAAAUGGCAAACGUCAUGUUGGAGAAAUUGCCUCGUUAGCAUUGCACUUAUUGCAAAAUGUUGCUAAUUUAAAAAUACGCCAUAAACCAACUGAAAAUUUACAAUUACGCAUUGGUGUUCAUUCUGGACCCUGUGCAGCUGGUGUAGUGGGCUUAAAGAUGCCACGAUAUUGCCUUUUUGGUGAUACUGUUAAUACAGCUUCACGUAUGGAGAGCACGGGAGAUGCAAUGAAAAUUCACAUAUCCGAGGAAACGUAUCAAUUAUUGGAGAAUUUAGGAGGAUAUCAUUGUAUAGAAAGAGGACUGAUUAACAUAAAGGGCAAAGGCGAUAUGCGUACCUAUUGGCUAAUCAGUCAAACUCGCGAACAACAACUACAGCAGAACUCUGUUGUUGUCCUUAACGACGCAGCUCCCGACCUCAUCAGUAAUGUAGAUACGGAAAGUUUUACCUCCAGUUCGGCGGCCUUACAUCCGAUCAUGAAUCACUGUUACAUUAAGCAUCUGCAACGUGGAGGCUCCUGUUUCUCAAACACAGCCAACCAGCAGAGUAGUCGACAACGUUACAUCAAGACGGCCUAUUGCAGUUGUGAAACUAAAUGUAUAUACAAUCGUCGUUCGGAUGAUAAUGUAACGGUGGAUACGAUGCCACAUCGCAAACAACAAGGAUAAACGAAUACAGUUUGUAAUAAUAGUUAUCUGUGUGUAUGUCGCUUAAAUUCAAGUGUUUCGCAUACAACGACCACACAUCGAGGACCACGUUCGGCACCUGUUAUAACAUUUCGUUUAUAGAGAAAUUCAACGAACUUUUUAUAAAAAAAAAACAAUAUACAACGUCUAUAGUUAAACUAAUUCGACUAGUUACUAUCCUUUUAACUUAGAACACCUACACGUACUAAUAAGUGUUAAUUUAAUUUCUCUCUUUUGCUCUAUUGCCGUUAGCCUUAUGUGUAAAUUAUCUUUAACCAAACAUAAUUGUA